AUGAAUACUCAAGAUACACAGGAUAUUCCAAAUCUCAAUGAUCCUCGUGCGGUACCUACAGAUCCCUAUCGUGGACGCGCCCACCCGAUUCACAACCUACCUAUAAAAGUCGAAACUCAUGAAGAAGACAUACCCACCGAAAGUCAUGCUCUUGCGGUGGCAGACCAUGAGGAGAAAGGGGCAGCACAGCUAGAUCAUGGCAAUACCGAGGUGCGAGAUUUGGGUUGGAAUGAUCAGCCCGAUGAUGUUCCUGUGCCUCUGGUCGGAGGUCUGCCGAACGAACAAUUAUGGACUUUAGUACGACGAUUCAAUAAACAGAUGUACCACGUGAAAUCAUUACCAGAGCCACCGAUUGGGGGCUUGGAUCUAAAUAUUGCCGACGAAGAAGAGUUCUCACCAGACAAGUUGAGAGCGAACAUUGAGCGGCUAUACAUGACAGUAAUAGUCGGGCUUGUUACCUUUUGGAAACAUAUUGCAAGGUUAAGGUCAUGGAGGGAAAGAAAACGCACAAUUAUUUUCGCCUCAGUUUACUUUCUAGCUUGGUUGAUAGACUUCCUAUUUCCGACGGUUAUUGCUUUUGUGAUUGUACUUAUAGCAUGGCCGUCGUCGAGAGAAUACUGCUUUCCUCCAGCACCACCCGCACUCAUCGAUAGUACAACAGGAGGAAUCAAGAAACCGACGGCAGGCGUCCUAGGAAACGAUACCAGUUUGACGGGAGCCCCAGAGAAACAUCAAGGAGAAGCAGUUGAACAAGAAGCUAGUAACUUCGUAAAUAGCAUUACCUCUAUCGCAAUAAGCAGUGCGGCUGGAAAGCAUCCUCAGGGAGAUCCAAACGGUGAUGAAGCAGGAGCAAGUACUUUAGAGGAUACGUCGCCAGAUCCAACAAAUAUGGCAGUAGGGGCCGCAGAUGCAAAGAGCAGCAGUGAAGGAAAUCAAAUAAAUACCCUGCACGAUAAAACAAAGGAACCCAUGAGGGCAGCGAUGUGGUCGAAGACUAGGCCCGUAAUGCAUGCUAUUGCUGACAUUUCUGAUGGAUGGGAAAGAUUCGCCAACGCUUUAUCUCCAACACCACCAUUUCCCCAGCAGAAACCCCGGCUCAAGCUUGCCGGCUGUCUUGCCCCACUACUCCUUAUCUCCAUGUUGACUAGCUCGUAUAUGUUUAUGAAGAUGAAUGGCUUGUUCGUUGGGUUGGGGUUCUUCGGAGACCCGUUGAUUUGGCGAGGACUUUCGUACUUGAACCGCGAAUUCCCACAUUGGCAGAGGUUAUUGGAGAUCAGGAAUACCCUGCUUAAAGGUGUCCCAACAAAUGCUCAACUCACAAUUACAUUAUUGCGAAUUGGGGAGGCAAACAAAGCUCCAAUCCCGCCACCUCCAUCUUCCUCCCUACCGCCACCUGAUGUUGCGCACGCUACAGCAGGUGAGGAUCUUGAUCAUCUUGAAGGCGUAUCCGAUGCAGAAAUGGCCGAUGCCAUUCAUCCUGACGUAGAUGUGAGCACAACCAGUGUCGAUCAGCCGAAGCCCAAGAAGAAAGGCCAACGUAUCCUGGCUGCUUUCAAAAGUGUUACCAAAGGUGGUGUUGAGACUGCCUUGGGAACAGAUAGAUUGAAAGCUGCAGCCGGAGCAGAACAUGCGAAAAAUCGUCUCGGCGUUCUGAAAGAUGGACCGGAUGACCCAGCUGGCCCUACUCGGUUCCCUUCUAGAUAUAAGGGUAAGAAGGGUCAUGCAUAUAUCACCGCCACUACAACAACUCCAGCAUUGAGUUGGACGACCGAGAGAGACGACAUUGAUCCUGUCUUCUCCAUACCAAUAUCUGAUAUCAUGGAGAUUAAGAAGGUUGGCGGCCUAGGCUGGAAAACAAGGCUUGUCGUGGGAUGGGCUACGUCGCGAGAAAUCGCCGACGGACUUCUUGUAGUCGACAGAGCUGGUGAUCAAAAGCUACUCACAGCUAUUGCAUUACGGGAAGAGCUCUUCAACCGCUUGAUUUCGAUGGGUCCGCAAAUGUGGGAAGCAUGGUAA